ACUUGGUAAUUGUGAGAAUAUAUUUGCACACGUGACUGGAAGGAUAGAAUUUAAUAAAAGAAAGGACAAAUGGCAUCAAGUAUGAUUGGGGCCUGACUUACAUGUAGAAAUAGUGUUAGCAGAGAUCUCAAAGUCUGUGUAGUUCUGGGUGAGCAUCCUACUGAGAGUAUCAGGGUCUAAAAAUAUGCUCCAUUGACUCAAAACCACUGUCUAUUCUCUUUUGAAAAGCUCAUUUGUUUUGCCUUUGUGUCUUGCCAUUCCUCUGAAGAACAGGAGGCACAUUAUAAAACCAGAUACUUCCCCUUGCAUUCUAUGAGAUUACAGCAAAAUGGAUAUGCCAAAUCCCCCAACGUCCAAAUGCAUCACUUACUGGAAAAGAAAAGUCAAAUCUGAAUACAUGCGACUCCGGCAGCUGAAACGGCUUCAGGCAAAUAUGGGCGCCAAGGCUCUGUAUGUAGCAAAUUUUGCAAAGGUUCAAGAAAAAACCCAGAUCCUCAAUGAAGAGUGGAAGAAGCUUCGUGUCCAACCUGUGCAAUUGAUGAAGCCCGUGAGCGGGCAUCCUUUUCUCAAAAAGUGUACCAUAGAGAGCAUUUUCCCAGGAUUUGCAAGCCAACAUAUGUUAAUGAGGUCUCUGAACACAGUUGCAUUGGUUCCCAUCAUGUAUUCCUGGUCCCCUCUCCAGCAGAACUUUAUGGUAGAAGAUGAGACAGUUUUGUGCAAUAUUCCCUACAUGGGAGAUGAGGUGAAAGAAGAAGAUGAGACUUUCAUUGAGGAGCUGAUCAAUAACUACGACGGGAAAGUCCAUGGUGAAGAAGAGAUGAUCCCUGGAUCUGUCCUGAUUAGUGAUGCAGUUUUCCUGGAGUUGGUAGAUGCUCUGAAUCAAUACUCAGAUGAGGAGGAGGAAGGGCACAAUGACACCUCAGAUGGAAAGCAAGAUGACAGCAAAGAAGAUCUGCCAGUAACAAGAAAGAGAAAAAGACACGCUCUUGAAGGCAACAAAAAGAGUUCCAAGAAACAGUUCCCAAAUGACAUGAUCUUCAGUGCAAUUGCCUCAAUGUUCCCUGAGAAUGGUGUUCCAGAUGACAUGAAGGAGAGGUAUCGAGAGCUAACGGAGAUGUCAGACCCCAAUGCACUUCCCCCUCAGUGCACACCCAACAUCGACGGCCCUAAUGCCAAGUCCGUGCAGCGGGAGCAGUCUCUGCACUCCUUCCACACACUGUUUUGUCGGCGCUGCUUCAAAUACGACUGCUUCCUUCACCCUUUUCACGCUACCCCUAAUGUAUAUAAACGCAAGAACAAAGAGAUCAAGAUUGAACCAGAACCAUGUGGCACAGACUGCUUCCUUUUGCUGGAAGGAGCAAAGGAGUACGCCAUGCUUCACAACCCUCGCUCCAAGUGCUCCGGUCGCCGCCGGCGAAGGCACCACAUGGUCAGUGCUUCCUGCUCCAACACUUCAGCCUCUGCUGUGGCUGAGACUAAAGAAGGGGACAGUGACAGGGAUACAGGCAAUGACUGGGCCUCCAGUUCCUCAGAGGCCAACUCUCGCUGUCAGACCCCCACGAAGCAGAAGGCUAGUCCGGCCCCACCUCAGCUCUGUGUAGUGGAGGCACCCUUGGAGCCUGUGGAAUGGACUGGGGCUGAGGAAUCCCUUUUUCGAGUCUUUCAUGGCACCUACUUCAACAACUUCUGUUCAAUAGCCAGACUUCUGGGCACCAAGACGUGCAAGCAGGUCUUUCAGUUUGCAGUCAAAGAAUCACUUAUCCUGAAGCUGCCAACAGAUGAGCUCAUGAACCCGUCGCAAAAGAAGAAAAGAAAGCACAGGCAAGGGUUGGACAAAGGACUUUCUGUUCCCCGUGCUCUGACCUCCCCCUGGACUCCCCAACUGCCUCCCUCUUGAGUAUAGCAUUGCACAACUAAAGGGCCAGCCUUCUCCAUGCUCCCUGUGGGUCUGUGCCUCGGACCAGCCCUUCUCCCGUCCCUGGAUGUUGUGGACCAGGAGAUAAGUGUCUGCUUUCCCUUUAAGCUCCUGGCCAGUGGGAUGAGAGCUGGCCUCAUGGCUCCACCCUGAGGCCAUUUCUCCUCGUUGGGUGGUUAGUGACCACUGUUCCCACUUCUCAACUCUG